CGCGUCUGUCGUCUCGGCCUGCCAAGUCUGUCUAGGCGCCCGGAAGUCAUGGCUGUGCUGCUGGCCCUUCUGCGCGGUAGCGUGCGCGCGCGCGGCCCCCUGCUCCAGAGGCCGCUGCAGGAAAUAAGAUACAUGGAGCGAGGUUACAUAUCAAAACCCACUUUGAAUGAAGUGGUCAUAGUGAGUGCUGCAAGAACGCCCAUUGGAUCCUUUCUAGGCAGCCUUUCCUCCCUACCGGCCGCUAAGCUCGGAUCCACUGCAAUUCAGGGAGCCAUCGAAAAGGCAGGGAUUCCAAAAGAAGAAGUGAAGGAGGUGUACAUGGGGAACGUUCUGCAAGGGGGUGAAGGACAAGCCCCAGCAAGGCAAGCAGCCUUGGGCGCAGGCCUACCUGUUUCUACUCCGUGCACCACUGUAAACAAAGUUUGUGCCUCAGGCAUGAAAGCCAUCAUGAUGGCCUCUCAGAGUCUUAUGUGUGGGCAUCAGGAUGUGAUGGUGGCAGGCGGGAUGGAGAGCAUGUCCAAUGUUCCCUACGUCAUGAACAGAGGGGCAACGCCAUAUGGUGGCGUCAGGCUUGAAGAUUUGAUUGUGAAAGAUGGGCUAACUGAUGUCUACAAUAAAAUCCAUAUGGGGAACUGUGCUGAGAACACUGCGAAGAAGAUGAACAUUGCACGGGAAGAACAGGACACGUACGCGAUUAACUCCUACACCAGGAGUAAAGCAGCGUGGGAAGCAGGAAAAUUUGGAAAUGAAGUUAUCCCUGUCACAAUUACAGUAAAAGGUCAACCAGAUGUACUGGUGAAAGAAGAUGAAGAAUAUAAACGUGUUGACUUUAGCAAAGUUCCAAAGCUGAAGACAGUUUUCCAGAAAGAAAACGGCACGGUCACGGCUGCCAACGCGAGCACGCUCAACGACGGCGCGGCCGCCCUGCUGCUCAUGACCGCCGCCGCCGCCCGGAGGCUCAAUGUGACGCCGCUGGCCAGAGUGGCAGCAUUUGCUGAUGCUGCUGUUGAACCUAUUGAUUUUCCAGUUGCACCUGCGUAUGCUGUACCUAAGGUUCUUAAAGCUGCAGGACUGAAAAAAGAGGAUAUUACGAUGUGGGAGGUGAACGAAGCCUUUAGCCUGGUUGUGCUAGCAAACAUUAAAAUGCUGGACCUCGAUCCCCAGAAAGUGAACAUCAAUGGAGGAGCGGUUUCUCUGGGACAUCCGAUUGGGAUGUCCGGAGCCAGGAUUGUUGUUCACUUGGUUCAGGCCUUGAAGCAAGGGGAGUACGGUCUCGCCAGUAUCUGCAAUGGAGGAGGGGGAGCGUCUGCCCUGCUGAUCCAGAAGCUGUAGGCAACGCGUGUCGUCUAAAGCAACAAUCGCAACAGUCCUACGUGGCCGGAAGGUCUGCCGCCCUCAGUGUGACUGACCGCCCUGGGUCAGCUUGUAUGCUCAACCUGUUCUGUUGUUUCUUCUAACAUUUUUACAGUAAGAACAAGAUCAACUCUCAAACCCUUUGAAAUUAUCAAUAAAUGUUUUCUUCUGUUUUAA